GCCGGAGGCUCCCAGCUGACUCUCGACGGGGAGGACCUGCUGGCCUUGGGCCUCGACGACCUGCGCCAGGCCAUAGCCAUGAUCCCCCAGGAGCCGGUGCUCUUCCAGGAGACCUUGCGCUACAAUUGCGACCCCUUUGAACUGUCCUCUGCAGAAGAGAUCUGGAAAGCUCUGGAGGAGGCCCAACUGGCGCCCUGGGUGCAGGAGCGGGUGCCGGAAGAGGCCUUAGAGAAACGCCUGGCCUUGGAGAUCAAGGAGGGCGGGCAGAACUUGUCUGCGGGGCAGCGGCAGAUGGUGGCCAUCGCCCGCGCGGUGCUGCGGAAGAGUAAGCUUGUGGUCUUGGACGAGGCCACCGCGGCGGUGGAUGCCGCCACGGACGCGCAGAUCCAGGUGGCCAUCCGGCGGUGCUUCGCCAGCGCCACCUCGCUGACCAUCGCCCACCGCCUGAAGACCAUCCUGGACUGCGAUCGGAUCAUGGUGCUGGCGCAGGGAGAGAUCGUGGAGAUGGCCUCUCCCGAAGAGUUGCGUAAAAAGGAGGGAGGCGUCUUCCAGAGCAUGCUCAACUCCGCCGACGCGUAAGGCGCCGGGCCCGUGCUAGUUCGGUUCGGCAAGGCGCUUCGCAUGCAUGUCCUCGAAAGAUACAGGG